AUGUGGUCAGAUGUGAAAAUCGUACAUGGAAAGCCAAGACAUAGCCAGAGUCAGGGAUCAGUGGAGCGUGCUAGUCAAGACAUAGAAAAUAUGCUUAGCACGUGGAUGGAAACUAACCAGAUAUCGAAAUGGUCAGAGGGCUUAAAAUUCAUACAGGCAAUGAAAAAUAGAGCAUAUCAUGAGGAAAUCAAAUGUUCCCCCUACGAAGCAAUGUUUGGUUGUCUAAUUAAAAUGGGCAUCGCGACUUCAACGAUUCCCAGAGAUAUAAUUGGAGUUAUAAGAUCUAAAGAAGAUUUGGAAAAUUUGUUGCAGUUGCAGAAAAAUGCAGAACAAAAUAAUGACGUCGAAAAUGUGAUUAAACAGGACAGAGAACAUAAUAAUGUUGAGAAAGAGUCACAAAAGGGAUUGUUCAUUUACACUGCUAAGAAUAAAAUACAAGAAGAGAUUAGUACUGAGAAGGUAAAGGGUAAUAAAAUAAACGAUAUUUCUAAUGUGACAACUGAGGAUAAUAUCGCUAGUGAAUGCAAUACCAAUUCAGAGACAGAAAGCACGAGCCAAUCGCAGGAAGUUCUUGUAACUAUAGAGUCAAUACCAAAAAAAAUUGAAUCUGUACUGACAGAAGGAAAUAAAGCAAAACUAAGUUUGGAGAAACAAGCUGAAAAAAUGAAAGACACGUUGGCUGAUAAAUAUUCAAAUGUGAGAAUUGGCCAAAAUGUAACACUGAAAGUACCUGAAAUUGACAAAGCUAAAACUGACCCGAAAACAUUAUUGCAGUUCUUGCAAUGUUGUAACAAGUGA